AUGAGCCAUGCGGUGGCGGUGAGCCCUGUGCCUUUGGAGGUCAGACCUUCACUCCUAGGCGAAGAUGCUGGGAACGGUCUAUUCGUGCUCCAGGCCGUGUCUCCUGGAGAAGUGCUGUGCGAGUAUCGUGGGAGGCUUUUGUGCACCUCCGAGGCCAUGCGUUUAGAAAACAAGUCCUAUUUGAUGCGCAUUGGGCCGCAGGAGUACAUCGAUGCACGGGAAGAGUUGGAAGUGCUGGCCCGCUUCAUCAAUGACUGCCGCAAUCCUGCAGUGUACAAUGUCCGGUUUGAAAAAAGACCUGGGGAAGGCCGUGCCAUGGUUGUAGCAGUGCGACCCAUUUCAGCUGGAGAGGAGCUUUUCGUGGACUACGGCAGAUGGUACUGGGCAAGUCUCAGGCCCAAGCAGCUCGCAGUCAAACAUGCUGCAGAGAUACUGCAAGCAGUUGAAGCUGCGAGGGAAGCUGAUUCGCUACAUGAGAAUGGCCAACAAGUGGAGAACAACCAGGCUUGA